AUGACCAACCAAUGCCAGCCCGUUCUGGAGCAGCAUCGCGAAGCUUACAACAAGUACAAAAUUACGUCGGACUUGUCCCCGGAAACAGUGCUUCAUCUACUGAGAGAUGGCCCCACGGCGGAAAUCGAGCGAUGGCAUGUUCGCGAGCUAGAGAUCUGGGGUAGCCGAGAAAGUUGGAGAGCCUGGCGGCCGUGGGCUCCAGAGCUGCCUGGUGCAUACGGGCUUGCUGAAGAAACUCCUUCGAGAUCAUCGUUGAGCACACAAGACUUACAGAGAUUGACUCGAAAGGGAAUCGACUUGUGGGACUUCUUUGACUUCGAGAUCAACGAUGCCCAAGAAGAUUUGCAAUCAGGCAGUGAUGCAUAUCUUAAACUACUCCUCGUCGCAUCAUGCCCUCGACUCCACAGUGUCCGAUUUGUCAACCGACCGGACGAUAUCUUGUCAAGUCUCUUAUGGAUUGAAAGAACUAUCCAACGGAGCAAGAGCCCUGGCGGUAUAUGGCCACCGGGCUUUCAGUCGAUACAGAAUAUGGCGGUUGGUGUUCCAAUAGGCUUGUCCCCCGAUGAAGAAGAACAAGAAGUGGUACAUGGUUCCAUCCUUGCAACGCUUUUACACCUCCCACGUCUUAAGAACCUGUACAUCUGCGGAGCUUUCCAAAGCCAAGACUCGGAGGAGGAAGAAGAAGAAGAAGAAGAAGACGAGGAUUUCGAAUUCUGCGAAGCGUAUAGGUUUCCCAUCUCCACAUCAAGUGUCGAAUGCCUCUUUCUCGAUAGCCCCUCCGAUCUUUCCGAAGAAUUUUACGACGCCCUUGCCAGCGCACCAAAAGAUCUGGACACGCUCGUUAUCCGGGCCCGGAGUUCGACUAUACGUCAAACCGACGAAAUUGGCACGCUCGUAACCGCCCUAUCCUACGAGAGCCGGCACCUAAAGCGGCUAAUCACUUAUAACGGCACAGGAAUUCGUGUCAACGGGGUCUUUUCACAUCUCCCUUCUGACUUCAAGGCUUUUGAGGCCAUGACGCAUUUCAGCAUAGCAGCUAUUGACAUCGAAGAGGGGGGUUACGGGAUAAGCGGCAACCCGGCUAUAGACAAUUUGCAAGACGCAGAGUAUCAACAAGCCUUUCCGCCUAAUAUGGAGGCAAUUUAUGUCUGGGGACACACUAAAUUUCAAGACUAUGAAAUUGACCCAUGUGAAAAUCUCGAUUUCUUGCUCGCGCGACUCAUCGAGUCAGGCGAUUACAAGGAUCUCAAAGUCAUCUACGUCGAGCACGUGGAAAGAAUGCAUGGGGAUAUGACCAAUGAAGCCUUUGCCGUCGAAACGGGACGGAUUACUUUCCCAGAGACUCUCACUGCCGGACGAGACGCCGGUGUGUACGUCUGCACGCUCAUGAACAGAGAGGAUGGAGGUUAUUGGAAGAACUUUCCUGCCAGGCCUGAUCGUUUCGACCUCAAAACUGGUCCUUGCGGAGAAAGGUCGGCGGAUUGGAGUCUGAACCUUUAUACAGGCGAAUGGGGCCCGGACUGUAAGGGAUGUGGAGACUGUGACGAAAGCCUGGCGGUCUAUCCUUCUGAGAUGUGGGAGAAGAUGAAGAAUGGAGUCGCGGCAUAA